GAGCCCCCGCCUCGCCGUCCCGCCGCCGGCUGCUGCGCCCCUCCGGCGCCUCCUUUUGUUUGUCCCUCACUGCACCACUCAGCCUCCUCCGCCCCGGAAGUGACGUCACCGUCGGGCGCGAACGCGGCGGCCAGGGUGUUGCCAUCUUUUUGAGGGGCGCAGUCUCCACGCCUUCACCUCCUCCUCCUCUCCCUGCUGGCGCCAUGUUGCUUUGGGGCGGAAGUAGCGGAGCCGGGGUUCGGCCCCCUUAAAGGGACAGGGACUGCUGUAACCUUGCCGGCUUGGGGACGAAGGGUGAAGCGGCCGAGGCGGGGGUGAGUAGCUGCUGCCUGAGCGUUGCUGCCCCGAAGUCAGGUGGCGUGGCGGGAGGGCCUGAUAACUGGUUCCGAGCUCGAUUGUGCCAGACCCCUCGCUUCGUUUGCGCUGAAAGGUUGACCCAGCCGGGAGCCGUUGCGCGCGCUUCUCGCUGACCCGCACUCGGACACAGGGACCUUCCGGCCUGAUCCUCUCUGCACCCCCAUCCCCCACUCCCCCACCCCCAGCAGUCGGUGGGGAAGAGGGAACCCAAUGCAACUGGACGAAAUCUGAGCAGAGCCGGGUCUGGAACGGGGUGCCGGACUCCAGCUCUAUGGAUCCCGAGCCCUCGGAGUAUCCAGAUUGAUAACAGUAACGGCAACCACGUUAAGACAGAAUCCGUACAUUGAAAGACAGUGCCUCCACUAAAAAGAAAAAUGUUCAAUACGCACUAAUAUGGGACGACUUCCAAGAUAACUUAGAUGGAAAAAGGAAGGAGCGAAAAUAACAGCGUUAAUCAAUGCUACCGAUUGUUUUGAAAGAACGUGUUGUGGCGAGGGGUACGGGUGUCUGCGGGUGUGUGAACCAGCCGCUUUGUCAAAUAAAUGCGAGAGAAGUUGUUAACUGGGGUGGCCUCGAACAGGAGAACGGGAAUCCUGGGGAUCUGGACAUGGGGGAAGAAUUUACUACCGAGUGCACAGCUCGCCAUGGCCAAGCGGCUGCAGGCUCGACGGCUGGAUGGGAUCGACCACAACCCGUGGGUGGAGUUGGUCAAACUGGCCAGUGAGGCGGAUGUCGUGAACUUGGGCCAAGGCUUCCCCGACUUCCCACCCCCAGACUUUGCCUUGGAAGCCUUUCAGCACGCCGUCAGCGGAGACUUCAUGCUGAACCAGUACACGAAGGCCUUUGGUUACCCACCCCUGACAAAGAUCCUGGCCGGUUUCUUCGGAAAGUUGCUGGGACAGGAGUUAGAUCCGCUGAAGAACGUACUGGUGACUGUGGGUGCCUACGGGGCCCUGUUCACGGCUUUCCAGGCCCUGGUGGAUGAAGGAGAUGAGGUCAUCAUCAUUGAGCCCUUUUUCGACUGCUAUGCGCCCAUGACGUUGAUGGCAGGGGGUCUCCCUGUGUUUGUGUCCUUGAAGCCGAGCCCCACCCAGGAUGGGGAACUGGAUUCCAGCAGCAACUGGCAGCUGGACCCCAUGGAGCUGGCCAGCAAGUUCACGCCUCGCACCAAAGCCCUGGUCCUCAACACACCCAACAACCCCCUGGGCAAGGUGUUCUCCAAGCCAGAACUGGAGCUGGUGGCCAGCCUGUGCCAGCAGCAUGACGUGGUGUGCAUCGCCGACGAGGUCUACCAGUGGCUGGUCUACGACCAGUACCAGCACAUCAGCAUUGCCAGCCUCCCCGGCAUGUGGGAACGCACCCUGACUGUUGGCAGCGCUGGCAAGACCUUUAGUGCCACGGGCUGGAAGGUGGGCUGGGUCCUGGGCCCGGACCGUCUCCUAAGGCACCUGCGCACCGUGCACCAGAACUCCAUCUUUCACUGUCCCACACAGGCCCAGGCCGCCGUCGCCCAGAGCUUUGAGCGGGAGCAGCUGCACUUUGGCCAGCCCAGCAGCUACUUUGUACAGCUCCCGCAGGCCGUGCAGCGCAGCCGUGACCACAUGGUACAGAGCCUGCAGUCCGUGGGCCUGAGGCCCAUCGUCCCCCAAGGCAGCUACUUCCUCAUCAUAGACGUCUCGGACUUCAAGAAGAAGAUGCCCAACUUGCCAGGAGCUGCGGACGAGCCCUAUGACAGACGCUUCGUCAAGUGGAUGAUCAAGAACAAGGGCCCCGUGUAUGUUUUCCAGGCUCUGCACUUCCAAGGGUGCCCAACCAGCGGGCAGCGGAGCCAAAAUCCAGCCCAGCCCCUGGGCUUGAUGGCCAUCCCGGUCUCCAUUUUCUUCAGCCUGCCGCAUCAGAAGCUCUUCGACCACUACAUCCGCUUCUGUUUCAUGAAGGAUGAAUCCACGCUCCAGGCCAUGGACGAGAAGCUGCAGAAGUGGAAAGAGGGGCUCAGGCCCUGAGGUCGCCCCGUGGGCCCUGCCCUGCCUGGUCCCUGAAUGCACUGCAGAGCUCUGCCUCUCUCCGGGUUUCAGCCAUUCCCAGGUUGGGGGUCGAUGGUGCUGGAGGACCCCUGCUCUGUAACACAGAAUGACCCCAGGAAGGAGCCCCCCUUCGGUCCUGGGGGAGUCAAGAGUACCUCCCCAUGGGGCUCGGCUAGGGUCCUGGCCUGGGCCUGUCCCUAGGUCUUGGGUUUCCUCUGGCCUCCACAGACUCAUCCGGGAUUCAAAGGGCAGAAUUCAAGAGGGUAGUGGCCUUGAGGCCCAGCCCCGGCCUCAGCCAGGACUCAGGCAUCCCUCCCUUUCCUUCCCUAACCUUGAUCUUGGGCAGUUGCCUUUAGACUUGACAUCUCAAGCCAGUACUUUUUGCGCAUAAUAAAGUUUUAAGCUAUGUUAA